UUUAACAAUGCUAAUACCUUAGAAUAAAACUGGACAUUGACAUCUGUUUCCGUGGCGCCAUCUUGGUUUUGCUCAUUUUGUGAGGCUGUCAUUUUGGUCGAUAAUUUUGGUUAUAUUUCGAAUAGUCUAACAAAAGCUUUUAUAAUGGAGAUUCAUUUGUAGUAAUGUAAGAAUUACAUCUUGCGCGUAGGUGUGUAGUAUUGUUUGUAUAAGUGAUACGCAACGAAAUCUGUGUACGCAACUAACUUCCAUGUGAAACCUUGAGACGCUACGAUGACCACGACAACUGUUCAAAAUCAAACCAAAUCCAGUACUACGACGCCAGUCAAGCCUCAAAAGAACUAUGGGAAGAUAGUGUUAACCUUACACAACUGCUUACUGCCAGAAUCUACGUUUAAAGAAACCCCAUCUCAGUCUGAUGGUUUAGACAUUGAAACCGAAACAGACCUUCGCAUUUUAGGAUGUGAAAUGAUUCAAACAGCAGGAAUUCUACUAAAACUUCCACAAGUGGCCAUGGCAACUGGUCAGAUGUACUUACAAAGAUUCUAUUAUUCAAAAUCCUUUGUUAGAUAUCCAAUGGAAACAACCGCUAUGGGAAGCAUUUAUUUGGCAUCGAAAGUGGAAGAAAAACCUUGUCGAAUACGCGAUGUCAUAAAUGUGUUCCAUCAUAUCAAGCAAGUUAGGGCCCAGAAGACGAUAUCUCCGCUGAUUGUUGAUCAGAAUUAUAUAGAACUGAAAAAUCAAGUAAUCAAAGCAGAACGUCGAAUUUUAAAGGAGUUAGGGUUCUGUGUACAUGUAAAACAUCCACAUAAACUUAUUGUAGUAUAUUUGCAGCUAUUGCAAUAUGAGAAAAAUAAGCAGCUUAUGCAAAUGGCUUGGAAUUAUAUGAAUGAUGCUCUUCGUACUGAUGUAUUUAUGAGAUUCCCUCCUGAGACAAUUGCUUGUGCAUGCAUUUAUCUGACUGCACGUAAAAUUGGUCUUCCUCUUCCAAACAGCCCACAUUGGUUCCUGUUAUUUAAGGUCUCGGAAGAAGAUAUUAGAAUGGUAUGUUCAAAAAUUUUGGAAUUGUACAAAAGGUCUAAAGUUAAUCCAGAAGAGUUGGAAAGCCGAGUUGAGUCAUUGAGGAAGAUUUAUCAAGCCAACAAACAUAUACAAGCUCAGAAGGACAGAGAAUCUAAAAUUGAAGAAAAAAAGACUGAUUCACCCACAGCUUCCACGUCAAAGGACUCGAAACGAGAUUCAAAGAAAGACAAAUCACCUAAAACCCCUCCACUGUCAUCUAAAUAUCACAGCAGCCAUAAGAAAAGAGAAAGGAGAUCCCGUUCACCAUAUGAUAGAAAGAGAGAGUAUUCAAGUUCUAGUAAACGACACAAGUCUCGAUCUCGUGACAGGGAAGAUCGCUCUAGAGAAAGAAGACCAGAUGACAAACGCAGCCGUGUUUCUUCUAGGAAGUAUGAUGAUUAUGAUCGCUCAAAAACAAGGGAUAGAGAUGAGAAACGUAAACAUUAAGAUAAUUAAGUGUUUAAAUAAUAUUUGUAAUAAAUUACUUGUGCUUAUAAUUU